AUGGAGUGUAAAAAUUGGCUGACCGACGUGGAAGAAAUUUUGCUACUUGCAGGUUGCACGGAAGAGCAAAAAGUACAAUACACUGCUUAUGGACUGUCAGGUGAAGCCAGGCACUGGUGGACUGGCAAGAAGGUAUUACUGAUUCAAGAACUAGGCAGGGAGGAAGCAAUCUCUUGGCUGCGAUUUCAAAAAGAAUUUCUCCAGCAAUAUUUUCCCAAAAUACUCAAAGACGCGAAGGCUCGAGAAUUCAUGAACCUCACCGAGGGAAAUAUGACAGUUGCCCAAUAUGUUGGCCGCUUCAAUGAAUUGGCUCGCUUUGCUCCCUACUUGGUGGCGAAUGAACAAAAUCGAGUAAGGAAGUUUGAACAGGGUCUCAACCCACGAAUCCAUGAACGUGUUGUAUGCUUUGAAAUUCGAGAUUUUGUGGAAUUAGUCAACAAGGCCUCCCUAGCUGAGGAGAGUGUGAAGAGAAAUGCUUUGGCAAUGGCAGUAAUACGAAAGAGAGCUGCACCCCCACCAAAUCGAAAACCAAGCUGGAUGGAAACAAAGAUCGAAUGGAAAUAA